AUGAUGGAAGAAGACACAGAAGUAUGGCAACAAGUAUUCCAGGAGCUGAUUCAAGAGGUGAAACCAUGGCACAAAUGGACCCUCACACCAGACAAGGACCUUCUUCCUGAUGUUCUGAAUCCUGGAUGGACACAAUACCAGCAAAAGACCUUUGCCAGGUUCCUCUGCCCCAGCUGCUCUCGCAGUUGGGCCUCUGGCUGCGUCCUGGUGGUCUUCCACAUGCGCUGGUAUAAGAAGAAUGGCAAGGGGCGUGUGAAGAUGAGGGUCUUUGCUCAGAGAUGUAACAAGUGCCCUGAGCCUCCAUUUGCAGCUCCAGAGUUCACCUGGGACAACAUCUCAAGGAUCUUGAGCAACCUGGUCUUCAGAAUUCUGAGGAAGUGCUAUGGAGAAGAGUUUAAGGAAGUGGCUGAGAUUCCUUUGCUGGGAGACAAGGGUCUCGAAGGCCCACAUGACAGCAACAACUGUGAGGCCUGUCUGCAGGGCUUUUGUGUUCAGAGUAGCUCAGGCUUAGCCUCAAAACCACCAGCACGCCCAUUGUCUCCCACCUCCCCUAAGUCAACUAUCUCCUGCUCGCAGCCUUCCUCUAAAGUGGGAAAGCCCCAAGCAUCAAAAGUGGACACCAAAGCCAGUAACCCUACCAAAGCUGACCCUAAGGUGAGCCACACCUCAAACCCAUCAACUGUCCCAAUCUUGACAACCCAACAGUUGGCACCUGUAAGCUCACCUGUCCCUAGAUGUGUCAUUCAAAUGCCUUCUCCCGUCAAGAGCAGCGGAACAGCAGGUAUGGGAAACAAGAACUCCAGAUCCAAGAUCCCAGAGGCACUGCCCCCGUCCUCCGCAUUUGUCCCAACCAUUUCUUCCUCAUUUUUUGUGUCCUCUCCCUCCUCCUAUGUCCCACCCACUCCCGCGUAUGUUGUGCCCAAUUCUGAGAGACCACGAGCAAACAUCACUGGCCAGGUAGAGAGAAGCAGCCAUAUCCACCCAGCAGGUGAAACCUGGUGCUGCAAAGCUUGCUGCGGGGCCUGCCACGAGUGCUGCAGCAGGAGCUGCGAGGGCUGCUGCGGAUGCUUCUGUGAGUGCUGCGAGGGCUUCUGCAAGGGCUUUUGUGUUUGCAUGGAACGUAAACCGUUUCGACUGCUGGUCUUUCUAAUUUUUGCAGCUGUCGUUGUGACACUUUUCAUAAAAUAUGGCUUCUGA